AUGGUAUGUGAUCCGCAAAUUCAACUAUUUGGCUAUGUCGGCAUAUUUUUUGCCGUUUCGUCUUCGUCAGUUUAUGUUACGAAUACGAAUAAUACGAAUGCAAAAGAUUUUAUCGAUGUUGGUCAACAUGUUCUUGAAGUAUCGCUAGCCUCUCUCGGUUUGAUUCACUCAGUAAUGGUAGGAUGCGCAACAACAAAUGUAAAUCAAAUUAAAGCGACCACAUAUGAUGGAAAUGGAGGUGUACUACAUUCAAAAACAAGUGGUGUUAUGACAAACCCGCGCGUGGAUCAAUUGGCAACUGAUUUGGUAAAACGAAUGGAGAUACACAUAUUGAGUACAACAGGUGGAAGCCCUCGAUGUGUCGAGUUGAAUAUGCAUGCUUGUUAUCCAGAUUCAGCGAUUACACAACCAACGGUAAGGAUCUGUCGUGCGAAUGAACUGAGAGAUGGUCCUACUGAAGUCAUGACCAAUUGCGCCGAACAACCUUUUCUAUUUCAAAACAAAGCAUCGACACUUGAUUCAGCUUUUACUUCAUUCCUAAUAGAAGAAGAAUGUUGGAAAAUAGCUGAAAGUUGA